CUCCCCCUCCCUCCCCGCCUACCUCCGAGCCCUGCCUUCGGUGGGAAGGGGGCGGUGCCGCGGCGCCGCGGCGCCAUGUUGUGCGUGAAAGCCCUCUGCGGGCGCCUCCGCCGCAGGGAACUGGCGCCAGACGCGGCGGAGCCGCUGACCACCGCGGUGCCCGAGCAGACCCCGGAGUGCGGCUCGGCCUUGGCCCCCGAGUCUGCGAGGGCCGUCGUCGUGGCCGCGGCUGGCGCCGCGAAGGGCAGGGCGGGCUGCGCGGCGCCCUCGUCCGAGGAGGCCUCGGCAGUGGCAGGCGCCGCCGCGGCGGUGCCUGCGCGAACGCAGGCGGCAGACGGCACGGCCGAGGAGGUGUUCGGCUUCGCCGCGGGCGAGAGCGCCGAGGUCUGGAGCAACACCAGGCGCGAGUGGCUGCCCUGCCUGAUCCGGGCCGUGUUCCCGCGGCAGGUGGAGGCAGACUGCUUCACCGUGCCUCCCCGCACCGUCAAGGUGGAGUCCCCGGCUGGGACGAGGUACGUCCGCGAGGGCGCCAUCUUGCAGGAGCUGCGGAAGACCGCUGGCAAACGGAGGUGCCCACCAGGGCCAGCCGCCGCGCUGGGCGCCUCGGCGCCAUCAGUGGAGGACGCCACGGCGUCUACGCCGAAGCAGAUGCCGGCAGGAGAAGACGCCGCGGCGCUUGCAUCCAAGCAGGCGCCAGCGGGCACGGACACCACAGCGCCCACGUCAGAGGAGGCCAUGGCAUACGUCAGCGUGUACUCCACAGCGUCUACGUCAGUGGGCACCACGGCGCCCGCGUCCGAGCGAGGGCUGGCGACGGGGGGCGCCGCAGCGUCUGCGCAAGAACAGGUGCAAGUAGCAGCGGACUUUCCGGUGCCGCUAUCCAGGCUGCUAACAUCCGACGAGGCGGCCGACGAGGCGGCGGCGGCCUUCGCGGAGCCGCCGCGGGAGCUGCAGGCGGCCACCCCUCCAGUGGCCAGGAAGCUGGCGCACCUCCUGCAGCCCGGGCGCAGGGGCUGAGCGCCAGCGGUAACGGCGGCCUUUGGGCCACCUGCUCCAGGCCCUCACUGUCGCCGCCGCUGUCAUCGUGACAAUGUGGCUCCCCAGACCUCCGACGAUGGUGUUUUUCAACAGAGGACUUUUCCUAGACUUUGAAAUUCAUGCGCGAACCAAGCACGUCCAUCUCUCGUUCAAGUGCCGUGGAGGAGAAGUAAUGCUGGGGUAUUUAAUUGCAUGGCGCUGCAGCCCAGGGUAGCAGCGCCUUUCACGCAGCAGUAUCCAGCGAGCUGCAGCCCAAGGUAGCAGCUCAUGUACAGCGCUGGCCGCUGCAUCGCAGGCACUCUCUACUCAGAGCAAGCGAGAGAAGAUGCCCGCGACAGAGCUAUCAUAGAGAAACAACAUGGCGGGUG